CUUUUGACGUUUCAUCCCAACCUUCUUUUAAAACGCACAUAAAAACAACAAGAAAUUUCUGUUAAAGUUUCUAAACCGAAUAAAAAUGAUGGCAGAUUACAAAGUAAUCACCCCCGAUUUUGUAAAUUUACACAUUUCAACAUCGAACAGUGAUAUACCAUCGUUCAACGAUAAGCGUUUUCCAAAAGACACAACAAUCGCCGAUUUGAAGGCUAAGUUGGAGUUAAUAACCGGGGGCUCAAGCGCAACGAUGCAAUUGGAAGGUUACUCGAAAGAUAAUAAACUAAUUUGUACCCUAAGCGAUGAUUCAGCUCAAUUGGGUCAAUACCCGUUGGAAGAUGGGAUGCGGUUACACGUUGUUGAUAAAUUCUCGAUAAAAAAUGAAUUAGAUUUUGGAAAUGUACCCAAAUUCGAACUCUCCGAUGAGCUUUACGCGAAUAAAGCCGAUUCACUUCGAGCGUUUUUAAUGAGAAACAAACUGGGACAUUACAACGAGGAUAAUAUUCAAAAUAAAGAAAAAUUAAAGAAGGAAGAACAAGAAAUUUGCGAAGCUGUUGUUUUGGGGAGUCGAUGUAAAGUUGAGAUUGCUGGUGCUGCGACCAGAUUGGGAUGUGUUAUGUUUAAAGGAAAAGUUGAGGGGUUAGAUGGAUUUUGGAUUGGGGUUAAAUAUGAUGAGCCUUUGGGAAAGAAUGAUGGUUCAGUUAAAGGGAAGAGGUAUUUUGAGUGUCCCAUGAAUUAUGGAGCUUUUGUUAAACCACAAAAUGUACUUUGUGGGGAUUUUCCAGAGGAAGAUUAUGAUUUAAAUGAAGAAAUUUAAUUUUUUUGUGCUUUAAUCUUAAGUUUUUUUUUUAUAAUUUUUUUAUUUAAAUAAAAUAAUAUAUAUAAAUAAUAGAUUAACCUAACCUAACUUUAAUUGUUAAAUUUAAAAGAAUCAUCUCUGGGUUAUAUCUAGGAGUUGAGGAAUGAGUUAUGUCUUAAAUAAAAGCUUGAAAUGUCCUCUUUAAAAUGAUAUACAACA